AGCGUCACUUUCCAAUACGAGAAGGCUCAGUCCCUAGUCUUCCCCUUCUCAGUCUCAACAGAGGAAGCACUCUUUGAAGUCUCCGCUCACCAACCCCUUUUUUUGCUUCCAGUUUUCUUUCUCAAUCUGUCUCUCGCUGUGUAAAGAUGUCAACCGUGACAAUUCCAACAUCUUGCUUUCUCAAAGCACCCCCAAGCAAAAGAUCAAAAGGUCCAAGCCUGAGCAAAUCCUGUGCUGUAAUUAAGAAUCCAUGUUUGUUGGGUUCGGUGAAGAGUGUAUCAAAAGCAUUUGGCUUGAAGUAUUCUUCCUCCUUCAGAGUCUAUGCAAUGGCAGUUUACAAAGUUAAACUCAUUGGACCAGACGGUGAAGAAAAUAUAUUCGAUGCGCCUGAUGAUGAAUACAUCCUUGACUCAGCUGAAAAGGCAGGACUGGAUCUGCCAUACUCAUGCAGGGCAGGAGCCUGCUCUACUUGUGCUGGGAAAAUUGUUUCAGGAUCAGUGGAUCAGUCUGAUGGGUCAUUCUUAGACGAAAACCAGAUGGAGAAAGGGUAUGUUCUGACCUGUGUCUCAUACCCUCAAUCAGACUGUGAGAUUCACACCCACAAGGAAGGUGAACUAUACUAAAGAAUCCAAUGAGUGUAGCUGAGCUUUGUGACUGAAAAACCUCCAUAUCUAUGGGAGAUUGGGAGAGCUAUACCUAUAUGGUACUGUUGUUUCUUUAAGAUACUAAGGUGUUUGUAGCCAUGUCUGCAUUUAGUUUGUUUGAUUGACAAAUAGAAGCUUGAAUAGUUUGAUUGACAAAUGGAAUCCUCACAACAUUGCAAAUGGUCAUGCAUUUUAGGGUUUUACUUUCAGGUGCUUUGUUUGGUAAAAACAAUAUGGAGUAUAAGUUGAGCUUGAGCCAAGCUUUUAUA